UCCUUUGGAUCAGAACGUUUGCUUGAGCACAUCCUUUCACCUAUCAAUCAGUACCAUAGAUAAAGGCGAGUCAAUUACUUUGUUUACUUGACUAUUUCAACAUUGCACAACAUUUUAAAAGCAGUCGAAAUAUGGCGUCUUCAAAUGUUGCUCAGAACUUCACAGCUGAAAGCAUCGUUCCAGAAUCGCUGGAUGCAGCACCUGAUGAUCAGGUUACGGUGGUUUAUCCAGGCAAUAAAACCGUUCUCUUUAAUAAAUUAACACCAGCUGAGGUAAGACCGCAACCUGAAGUCUCCUUUAACGCUGACCCGAGUCAAUUGUACACCUUGGCGAUGAUUGAUCCUGAUGCUCCCAGUAGAGCUACCCCAACUUUCAGGGAAAUUCUUCAUUGGCUCGUCGUCAAUGUGAAAGGGGACGAUCUUUCAACCGGACAAACAAUUGCCACCUAUAGAGGAUCCGGAGCGCCGAAAGGCACUGGAUCACACAGGUAUUUCUUCGUUGUUUUUCAUCAACCUGGACCAAUUGCUGUAGCUGGAAACGAUUUGGAAGCAAAUAGAAGAAACUUCUCCAUUAGGCAAUUCGCCCUAGAACAUCAACUGGGCAACCCUAUUGCUGGAAACUUUUUUCAGGCCGAAUGGGACCCGUCAGUUCCUGAACGACGAUGAGUAGCUUAAUAAAUUGCUUGGAUUGAUAAA